AUGACUUCAUGCUUUGCGACCCAAUGUACCAUCUUCCGAUGGCAGCGAGCCCUUCCGUCCGAUUUUCCGGACGAGAAUACAUGCGCCGUCUACAGCGCCGCGUAUGGCCACCUAUUUCUGCCUCCAAGCCGCCCGGAGCGAUGCGAGUGGUACAGAGUUCGACGCGAAAAAAUGCCCAUACUCAUCUUCAUCGCGCCGUACCCAUUCCGUCUGGUUUUUCGCCUCUUUUUUCCGGGCUAUUCUGGCCGAAUCAGUCGUCCAGCGCCUCGAUCGGGCUGGACAUUUGACUGCAUAGAGGCGUCAAUUUCUUCAUCAAUCCAAGCUUCCUGUUCCACAAAUUGUGCGCAGCUCAAUUAUCUCUACAGGUUUCACGUAUCGACAAAGGGUGAAGGUCGCGUGCAGGGCCAGAGAAGAUGUCAUGCCAAUUGCCCAGGACACAAGGCCAGCAUCAACUUGAAUAAAAUUAAUCGCGGCUAA